CCGGGAUUUAGAGUGCCAAGUGACAAGUGAAAGUGAUAUUUGAGAACAAUGGCUGACUACAAUACAGGAGAAGCAGGAUUGACCGACGAGCAGGUGGUUCAGAUGCGAACAUCUGAACUAAAAGACGAACUGAGAAGACGACGGCUGAGACUAGCGGACAGAAAACGCGAGCUGGUAGAACGAUUGCUUGCUGCGUUACGCGUAGAACGGGAACACGGUGCACGAGAAGACGAUCCGGAGGAUGACAAUGACGACGAUUCAGAAGAAGACGACGACGACGAUGAGAUUAGCGUGGUUGGGGACCGUUUGGACGUUAACGGCCCAGGAAAUCGCAAUCUCAAUAGGCAAGACGACGGAGUUCGGGUAACUCCAGUGUUAAGACGACCGAGGCAAGACGAGCCUAGGUGCAUGCUGUUAACGUUCAGAGACGUAGAGGACUCGCUAGAGAAAUUCAGCGGGGACGGUCUGCCGAGUGUAAGUCGAUGGAUCGAGGACUUCGAGGAAAUGGCAAAAGUGUGUGGGUGGUCAGACAUCCACAUGGUAGCCUUCGCUAAGAAACUGCUCACGGGAUGA